UCGAGGACUGCAUUUUAUUUUUUUCACAAAAAUGGCUGCCUCUUAUCUAAACCUCUGCUAAAACGGACACAUAAACCGGGAAAUAACCACGGUAAAUUGCAAUCCUCGUUCGCGGCAGCAUCAGUAGAUAACCAGGCGUUGUUUACAAACGCUAUUGGGAAAAUGCUGUGGCUGUCAAAUAGAAAAAUUAUAUUUGAUUCAAAUUUAACCCUUUCCAUCCUAUGAGCCGCCCACAAAUGAGUCCCGUUGGUGUUUACAACUAGUUUCUCCACCCUGCAGAAAAUGAUGCACCAAGUGACCAGCAGCAAUGACUAUUGCAUGAGUGGACUGUCAGAGGACUGCCAGCAUUCUGCAGGGCACUUCGACUUGUGUGGCACACAGUCCAACAAGUUCUACUCCUCGCCUCCGCCGUCCCUGCAGCUGUCCCUCGCUAAUCUACCCCCCCUGCCACAGGGCAUGCACAAACCCAUGACAUGCCAAAUGCAGGAGAACCAAAACGAGUUCCAGCAGCCUCCCACUGCGAGGAACAGGGGGGGCGAGGCGCCGGGUCCUGAUGGCACCAAGAAGAAGGGAAAGGGGAUCGUCAAGUCCGGGAAGAGGGGCAGACCGGCCGGCACCACCAAAUCAGCCGGCUACCGCACGAGUACUGGACGUCCGCUGGGGACCACGAAAGCUGCUGGUUUCAAGACCAGUCCUGGAAGACCCCUGGGUACCACCAAAGCAGCGGGCUACAAAGUGAGCCCGGGCCGGCCACCGGGGAGCAUCAAGAGCCUGGCGCGCCUGAAGAAGCUGGGCCUGGCCACUUGUGAAGCAGCCAAGAAAGUGGACUUCAGCAACUGUAGUGGGCCCAAGAAACUGGAUUACACCUGCUGUGACGUGACGCCCUUCCCGUACAGCAUGAUGCAGAAAAGAGACCUUUGUGAAGCUGGGGGCAAAGUUGAAGACAGCAACGAGUAGCUCUGCAGAUGUCUUGUUUCUGUUGUUCUUCAACUUGUUCACCGUUUUGUUUUUCUCUCAGUGUGUAUGGAAGAUGGAGAACAUAACAAUGUAAAUUAGCUUAACUUUUCAUUGUGCAGUCUUGACAUUACUUUCCUCUCCUCCAUAGAACUAAACGCACCCAUCUAGAAAGUAUGUUAUCCUGUUUGACAGUGAUGCAUGCAUAGGAAUACAAUCAAAUUAAUGUAGGAAUGAAAGUAUCUAUACAUUGUAGUGUAUGGUCCAUGUUCAAUGGACAGUGUUUUUUAAGCCUUUUUUAAAACAGACUUUUAAUUGAUUCAUGAUUUGCUACUAUGCUUCAUAUUGCUUUCCAUUCCAAACAUGUUCCUGAUCUUAUGUGGAAGUGUAGUUGUCCUUUUGUAUUGUUGAGUGCAAUAUGUGAUUCAUUUUAUAUUAUAUAUGAAAAAAGAUAAACAGAAGGAAACGGAAUGGGGACACAGCGAUGUUUUUUAUGAUCUUGAUUGAACAACCCAGCACACGGUAAACUAUUUUAAAAACCAAAAUUGUUAUUUCUAUACUUUGUGAAUAUGUUUUGACUGGGUAUUGUAAUAGCCUACUUUGUUUCCUUGGAUUCCUCAAACUAUCAAUUGAUAAGCGAAUAUAUAUGUUGUUAUGCAGUACAUUAGCAAAAAAAUAUUCACUUAAACUUCAUUUUAAGAUUAUUUCUUUGUGGAAAAUGUAUUAAAAGCUUCUGUGGUGUAUGUGAAACCCAAAUAAAAGUGUCAUUUCCGACAGUAAA